AUGAAAAAGUCCUUUAAAGAAAUGGUGGAAAAGGACGAGCAGAGGCGGGCAGCGCGUGCCGCCCUCAGCCAGUCCCAGCUGCAUGCAGCCUUCGGGACCAGGGCCGCCACCCGCGCCGCGCCACGACCCUGCGGCCCCGCGAGUCAGGGAGUCGCCUGGUUUCCAGCGCCUGGCAAGGCCCUGCCUGAGCUGUCGCCACCAGGCGCUCGGUUCCCCGGUGCUGGAGGGGGCGCAAGGCUCCGCGCUUCCAGGGGGCCUCAGGCCCCGGUGCCCGCCAGUGGGGUAGAUGGGUGGUUGCCGCGACAAGUUUCCAGCGUCGGAUUCCUUGAAAUGACGAAGGCUGACCAGCGCCUGACAGAAAGACAAGCAAAACCUGACUCAGAGGAAGGCUUUGGGGAUUGUAGCAUCUGCACCUUCAGGAACAGCGCAGAAGCCUUUAAAUGCAGCAUCUGCGAUGUGGGGAAAGGCACCUCCACCAGGAAACCUCGCAUCAACUCUCAGCUGGUGGCACAGCAGGUGGCACAGCAGGACGCCACUCCACCUCCCCCGAAGAAGGAGAAGAAGGAGAAGGUAGGAAAGCAUGACAAAGAGAAACCUGAUAAAGACAAGGACAUCAGCCCCAGUGUCACCAAGAAAAACACCAACAAGAAAACAAAACCCAAGUCUGAUAUUCUGAAAGAUCCUCCUAGUGAAGCCAACAGUUUACAGUCUGCUAAUGUUACAACAAAGACCAGCGAAAGGAAUCACACCUCAAGGCCCUGGAUGAAGAAUGUGGACAGGAGCACCACACAGCAGGUGGCAACUGUGGGCAAUGUCACCGUCAUUAUCACAGACUUUAAAAAAAAGACUCAAUCCUGCUCUACAUCCUCCUCCACAGUGACCUCCAGUGCAGGGUCAGAACAGCAGAUCCAGAGCAGCUCUGGGUCAGAGAGCACAGACAAAGGCUCCUCCCGCUCUUCCACGCCAAAGGGCGACAUGUCAGCAGUAAAUGACGAAUCUUUCUGAAAUUGCACAAGGAAUUGUGAAACUAUGAAUCAGGGUAUGAGAUUCAAACCCUCCACCUGCCCAUGCUGCUUGCGCCCUGGAGAGUCUUCUGUGGACGACCUUGUAGUGAGGC